GAUCCACAGCUUUGCUCGUUAGUUACGAAAGUUCGAACUGAGGUUCGAGGCAUCUGCGAAAAUGGAUCGCCCAGAUAUGGUGAUAUCGAUAGACUUUGGCAUGACCUGCACUGGUGUCGCAUAUUGCAAUACGUCCACAGGGUCCGAUGCAGUUAGACAUAUACAGAGAUGGCCGGGAAGGACGCAAGCAAAUGAAAACAAAGUCCCGAGUCUGUUGGUGUAUCCGCACGGUUCUUCUACCCCUUCAUCGUGGGGUUUUCUCGCCGAGACAGCACAAGAGGCUAGCGGUGCUGGCGAUGAGAGCCGAGAGUGGUUCAAGAUUAUGCUGGACGAACAUCUGUUGGAGCAAAUGCGCAAGAAACCCAGCGACCCGUUAAAAGUCCCGCACAUACACGAAGUCGAGAAAUGGUACACUGAUUAUUUUCGAUUCCUCUACCGAACCAUCGAAACGCGACUGAAGGGCGAACUUGCUAGCACCUGGGAAGAUGCUCAGAUCGAAUAUAUAUUCUCCGUUCCUACCACCUGGCGGCCACUCCCGACGGUUGAACGGUUUCGAAAGAUCAUAACGGCCGCUGGCUUUGGGUCAAAUCCAAAUCAUAAAGUCAAUAUCGGAUUGACAGAGGCUGAAGCGGCGGCGGUACACACAGCGCGUAGCAUGCCGGGAAUAUUCAAAGAAAACGAGAUCCUCUUCGUAUGUGACGUGGGAGGUGGUACGACUGAUCUGUCCGUCUUCCGCGUCAAGAACACUAUCGGUGGAUCAUUGAGCCUUGAGCAGCUAGACGUGGUCUUUGGCGCAACUAUUGGUGCUGCACAGCUUGACUCUCUCUUCGAGAACGCAGUCCUCGAGCGACUCCAGCUUGCGGAUCGCGCCAUUCCGACUGGUCUACAAGAUCUUCAUUCCGCUGCAUGGGAGAUGAGGAUCAGCAAAGAGUAUCAGAAUGCAAAAUGCGACUAUGGUUCUGAGGAGUCGCUAGCAGAUACAGACACAUUUGCUGUUCGAGUACCGAAGCUCAACCCACGCUACACAAAUCAACAGUACGAGAUCAGUGGCGGAGACAUGUACUUUCAGCGAGACGAUCUGAAGGGCAACUUCGAUGAGCAGAUUGCCAAAUUGUUCGAUAUGAUGGACAAACAGCUCGUGCGAUUGCAGCAGAAGCAUCCAAACGAACAAGUCGCACAUCUUGUCUUAUCCGGUGGUCUCGGCAAUUCUGCGUACGUACAGUCAUGUCUAAGGUCCAGAUACGCCUUUGGCAACUCGACGCACAGCAAUGCCCGAAGCAUACAAAUCCGAGUCGCGCCAGAUCCGCAACUUGUUGUCUGCAAAGGCAAUGUCGCAGACCGAGUCGCAAAGCUGAAAAGUGGCCAGUCGGUAUUGGCCUGGCGCUGCUGCCGCGCAUCCUACGGCACGAAGUACAAAAUGUUGUACAAUUCAACCAUACCUGAACACAUCGGGCUACGUACCGAGAUUGACAUUCUUGACGGCAAGGUUUAUGUCGUCGAUUGUGUUGACUGGUUUAUCAAGAAGGGCGAAGCAGUGUCUAGUGACUUUCCCAUUGUUCGAGAGUUCAGCCGCAAGUGCUCACCGGCGACCUCCGCGUUGCCAAAUCCACCACGCAUAUUCCCUACCGAUGUCAUCUGCUCUGAAGCGGAUGUAGAACUGCUACCCUACGCCAUGAACUUAUCGUGUCGAUCAAUGUGCAAGGUCGAGUCCGAUUUCGCCAAAGUGCCGUUGUCACUGUUCAAACUCAAGAAUCGACACUGGUGGAACAGCGGCAAAAAGUAUCACCGGAUCAACUUUAUGAUCAAAGUGAACCUCGGUCCAGCUGACUUGUCUUUCGAGCUUUGGCACAAUGGUGUAAAGCUCAGCAAAGACAACACCAUCAAGGUGGAGUGGCAAGCAGCAGCGCCACCUGAUUCACACCAAAGCCCUGUUGCGAGUGAUUUCCCUAUGAACAGCCUGCCUGCGAUCACUAAAAAGACUGGUGGUAUGGCCCGGAAGUCUGUUCAGCAUCUUGGAAACAUGAGCGGAUACGAUCACGCACCAUCGGGGCCCUACGGCAAUGGCUGGGACAACAAGAUGGAAAUUCAGACGAACAUUGUGGCUGCGCAGCGAAAUGGGUCGACUGUAUGGUGAUAGCGAGUUUGUUUUCGACGAAAUAAAUUCGUGACCGAUGUAUAUACUCUGAAUUGCACCUUUCACG